GUCAAUACUUUGCCAAGCCAUCUCUGCGCCACAAAACCUCGACGUCGACUCAUCCGUGGCCCCGGUUGUUUGCAAAUGGACUGCGCCUGCGAGCACAGGCGGAUCUGCGGUAACGAGCUACGAGUUGAACGCAGUUACCAGCGGAGGUGGCAACAGCUACCAGAUCUUGACAGCAGGGCUGCAGGCGCCUAUGCCAUUGAUGUCUCCUUGCAGCGAGUACACAAUCUUGGUGCUUGCAAUGACACUGCUGGGCAGAGGGCCGGCGGUCAGCAACAAAUUUCGUACAUCUGCGAUUAG